AUCAAAAUCGCGUCAUUGUCAUCGCGACACCGUCGAUUUUCCAUUUACAUCAACAUCAUUUUCCGGUCUGAAUAUAAAUGCGUCACAUCGCGUCGCCGCUGCUAUACUCAGCACGCCUUUUAUUGUGUGUCCCAUAUUGCUGCAAUUCGUGGCCAUACUCAAUUAAACCACUUAAAACCAGCGACCAUUCACGCCCAUCAAGCAUCUUCAUUGAUGACUAAACCCUUAAAACUGUUGCACAUCGCGACAAACAGCAUCUAGCGUGCGUCGAGCAACGCGUCGUUUGUUCUUAUCAAUAGACCAAGUAUAUUCUUGAUGUUUACUCGCAGACAGAGACAUUAAAAUAAACUUUAUCGGCUUUAGAGAGGAUGUGACCGCCCGGAUGAGCGACAUUUAGUCGGUAGUUGUGGGUGAAAAUGUGCGAAGAACCGGAGGAAAUCGACGAAGUUAGUGUGAGCGUCAUGUGCUGGCUGAGGGAGCUCAGGUAUCAUUUGGAGUACUAUGAGCCAUACAGCGAUAAGGUGCUUAUCGUAUCGGAGAACGAUCUCAGGAGGUACCCGUACUACCCGUACUGCCAUGACAUGGACGAGGAGUCAGAUGUUACUGCCACAGAGGAAAGUACCAUAGAAGAAGAUGAACCACUCGCUGAGGAGGAAGAGCUAAGUUAUGCGGAGAUGUGUCGAUGCAGUGCGCAAUUUGAGGAGAGCGUUGAUGAGUUACGGGUACCACCUUUGGAUCUGGUGCAAAUUGAGUUUGAGGUACCGGAAGACGUGUUGCUGUGGCAGACGGAAUUGAGUGGGUACUGCUGUGAGGAGGAUCAAGUCAUUUUGGAGUGUAGGCAUUCUGGAUGAGGAAAAUAUCUGCGGCUAUCUUUGACAGGCAAGAUGAUUGUAUAUACUACAACCAGGAGGCUCCAUCUUUACAUAUAUGUAAAUGUGAAUUACAUAUUAAUAUUGAACUGUUAAGUAUUAUCACAAAUGUAUAAAAUCCAUAAA